UUCGAUUCAGGUGAACAAAUUUUUGUGUCGUUACUACGUAUUAAAAAAGUAGCCUAAGUCGUCACCCACGUUCAUUUUUCUCGCGCGGAAACAGUAGCACCCUCCCCCCAGGCCGAAGAUAGUCCACUGCGUUUGAUUCCCAAAAAAAAAAAAAAAAAAACCGCAGUGUACAUACAGUGUGUUGCGAAAUUCAGAACACCGCGUCUAAAUCGCGCAUGUGCCCCAAGUGGCUGGCCUCUCCCCUGGCAGACGUCCCUUAUAAUAACCGCAGUAACACCCAGUUGCCGGGACGUCGAGGGUCGCGCUAUCGCGACACCGUCUCUGAUAAUACGUGCGUACGCGUGCGUGUCAAAGCCGUACCAAGUGUGCCAAUCCUCCACCGCGUGCUCCUCAACGAGACAGGUCGUCUACGAGCGAUCGUCAGGGGCUCGAGGAUGCUGAAGAUCGUCAAAGUUGGAGCUGACGGGCUCAGGAGACUCCAUACCAGCAACAAGAGACGAGCCGCAGUACCAGCGUCGAAGAAGCUUGGAAUUUUAAAAUACUUGGACGCCGCUUACGGAAGUGCCUUAGAAUUAGAACGCGCGCAGACACGCGACUACAGCUUCAUUCAUGACAGCCACUACAUGUAUACCAGAGACCAGGACCAAGCGACAAAUGCCGAGGAUGUGCUAUUCGACAUGUUCAAAAACGAGGAGACUGGUCUUCUACCGAUUGGCAAGUUCUUGGCCGCUUUGAGGACGACCGGUUUACGAAACGACGACCCCAGACUUCAAGAAUUCACGGACAAUUUGCGGAAAGAGCACUUGAAGGGGGGACACGAGGGUAUCUCGCCAGAGACGCAGAAGCUGAACAAGGAACAGUUCAGAAGGGUCAUCAAUCCCAACAUAGUCCUGAUUUCGAGGGCGUUCAGACACCAGUUCAUCAUCCCUGACUGGUCGGGUUUCACCAAGCACAUAGAGGACUUCUAUUGGAAAUGCAAGUCGAACUCCGAGGGCAAGGUCGCCUCCUACAUACCGCAACUGGCGAGGAUGAAUCCGGAUUACUGGGGCGUCUCUGUCUGCACGAUCGAUGGACAGAGGUUCAGCAUCGGCGACACGUCCAUUCCCUUCACCCUGCAGAGCUGCAGCAAACCUCUGACCUACGCCAUUGCUCUGGACAGGCUAGGCCAGGAAGUCGUUCAUCAAUAUGUUGGCCAGGAACCGUCUGGACGAAACUUUAACGAGUUGGUGCUGGACUAUAACAAGAAACCCCAUAACCCCAUGAUCAACGCCGGCGCGAUACUGGUCUGUUCCCUGUUGAAGUCUCUGAUCAAACCAGAAAUGACUCUGGCCGAGAAGUUCGACUUCGCCAUGAACUACUUCAAGAAGCUAGCUGGUGGGGAGAACCUAGGCUUCAACAAUGCUGUCUUUUUGUCCGAGAGAGAGGCUGCUGAUAGGAAUUACGCUUUAGGAUUCUACAUGAGGGAGCACAACUGUUAUCCCGACAAGAGUAAUCUGCGGGAAAUAAUGGACUUCUACUUCCAAUGCUGCUCUAUGGAAGCUAACUGCGACACGAUGGCGGUGAUGGCAGCUACUUUGGCCAAUGGAGGCAUUUGUCCCAUCACAGAGGAGAAGGUCCUGAAGCCUGACAGCGUUCGAGACGUCCUCAGCCUGAUGCACAGCUGCGGCAUGUACGACUACAGUGGUCAGUUCGCUUUCAAGGUUGGUAUACCAGCGAAGUCCGGGGUGUCUGGUAGCCUUCUGGUGGUCAUUCCUAACGUAAUGGGUAUUUGCACAUGGUCGCCACCCUUGGAUCCCCUUGGCAACUCGUGUCGUGGCGUGCAAUUCUGCGAAGAGCUAGUCACAGAGUUCAACUUCCACAGGUACGUAGACCAUUUAUCGAUACACGAUUAGUUUCAAUGCAAGAUAUGUUGAUAGUCUUGAUAGUAGAUGCAAUUUUCACACGUACGUUCAACACACUUGCACGAAAACUUUAUACACUUAACGGCAAAGGUGUGCAAAAUUGUAUUCAAGUUAAACUCGAAACCGCUCAUCUU